AUGACUGACGAGGUCGUCGUUCCUCGAUGGCAGCCGGACUAUGAGCUCUCAGCAUGCUCAAUCUGCGGGAAUGCUUUUACCUUCCUCACUCGAAGACAUCACUGUAGACGGUGUGGAAGACUUGUGUGCGGACCUUGUUCGCCACAUCGGAUCACUAUACCCCGCCAGUAUAUCGUACAUCCUCCAGAGGAAGAACCCUUGAACCCAGAUGGUAACACCAGAAGUCGAAGCAACACCGGAUCUUCCGACGGCCAUGAGAAUCCGGCCUUGGGUGGUGGCGAGACAGUUCGUGUCUGCAACCCAUGCGUGCCUGAUCCAAACUAUGGGCCGCCACCUCAGCAGCAGGAGGAACAGAGAUCACCGCCUCCAUCAACUCCAUCAAGCCGAUCACGUGCUCAGACUUUUGCCGCAAAUGAAGGCACAACAUCAAGCAUAAGUUUCGCCAGGAUGUUUGGGUCGUUGAAUGUGUCAGAUCUGGGUCAGGCCACGUGCCAAUCUGUACCUCAUAAUGCUCGAACAUUGAGUGAUUUUGGUGCCACGCCUCCUCAACCAACUGAAAGGCGGGGGUCAUAUCGACCUCAGCUGCAUACCGCAAGAUACCAGGCUCUGAACAGUGUACCACAGCGCCCAAGGUCAUCAACUCAGGGGCUUCGUACCAGAUCAGACAAUGACACAGUACAUCUAUCAAGAUCCCGAUACCGAUCUGCAUCACAUACGCCAUCAAGCAUCGCAGCCGCUCAGGUUGCACAGACUCAGAUGCAACAACCACAAGGUCGAGAAGCUUUAAGCGAAGAAGACGAAUGCCCUGUCUGCGGUACGAGAAACCAUCCCUUCGGAACGAGUGGCACGAGCGAAGAGCGCGAACAGCAUGUUGAGUUCUGCAUCUCGAGUCACCUGGCAGGACCUAGUCACGGAGCAACACCGGUAGAAACGUCAAAUCAGACAGGAACUGGAAGUAGCGAAACCGUACCUGUGGGUAGCAUACCACAGCGGGUCUCGUCAAUGCUAGGAGCGUCCACGGCUAGGCAACGCAUGCUGGUUUAUCAUGCGACGGAGAAGGACUGUUUCGACGAAGAUGGACAGGCACAGGAGUGCGUGAUAUGCUUCGAAGAGUUCGAGGAGGGAGCCGAGAUGGGUAGAUUGGAGUGUUUAUGCAAGUUCCAUCGGGCGUGUAUCAAGGAGUGGUGGCAGACACGAGGCAGGGGCACAUGUCCGACUCACCAACUGCAUGACUGA